AUGGCCAGCGAAAGCGGGGAGAGGAUCCCUCGCGACGUCAAGAAUCACGUACUCUUCGAAGUUGCAACCGAAGUGGCGCACCGCGUUGGUGGUAUCUAUUCCGUCAUCAAGUCCAAGGCCCCCGUCACCACUGCUGAAUAUGGCGAACGGUACACGCUCAUCGGCCCUCUCAACCAUCAGUCCGCCGCCGUCGAAGUCGAGGAACUAGAGCCGACCAUCCCCGAGCUCGCCAAGAGCAUCGAGGCCAUGAGGAACCGGGGUAUCGGCAUCCUUUACGGACGAUGGCUCAUCGAAGGCGCGCCGCGGGUAUUACUCAUCGACACCAAGACUGCGUACCGAUAUAUGGAUGAGUGGAAAUCAGAUUUGUGGAAUGUCGCCAGCAUACCGUCCCCUCCCGGCGACGACGAAACAAACGAGGCAAUCGUCUUCGGAUACUUGGUAGCCUGGUUUCUCGGAGAGUAUGUCUGCCACGAAAAGAAGAAAGCCGUUAUUGCUCAUUUCCACGAGUGGCUCGCCGGUGUUGCUCUGCCGUUAACGAAGAAGCGUCGCAUCGACGUGACCACCGUCUUUACCACCCACGCGACCUUGCUCGGCCGCUACCUCUGCGCUGGCUCCGUCGACUUCUACAAUAACCUUCAAUGGUUUGACGUCGACGCCGAGGCGGGGAAGCGCGGCAUUUACCAUCGCUAUUGCAUAGAGCGUGCCGCAGCGCACUCGUGCGAUGUAUUCACGACGGUCUCUCAUAUCACGGCCUUCGAGAGUGAGCAUCUGCUUAAGCGCAAGCCCGACGGCGUCCUACCGAACGGGCUUAACGUGACUAAAUUCUCUGCCAUGCACGAAUUCCAGAACCUGCACCAGCAGUCCAAGGAGAAGAUCCACGACUUUGUUCGUGGCCAUUUCUAUGGACACUACGAUUUCGUUCCCGAAGACACCCUCUACUUCUUUACUGCCGGCCGUUACGAGUUUCGAAACAAGGGUGUAGACAUGUUCAUCGAAUCCCUCGCUCGUCUUAACCACCGACUAAAGAGCUCCGGAAGCAAGACCACGGUCGUAGCCUUCAUCAUCAUGCCGGCGCAAACCACUUCGCUGACAGUCGAGGCAUUGAAAGGCCAAGCUGUCAUCAAGUCUCUUCGCGACACCGUCGAUGUAAUCGAGCGCGGGAUUGGCCGCCGCAUCUUUGAGCGAUCUUUAAAGUGGCACGACGGAGACCCGAUGCCCGACGAAAAGGAGCUGAUUACAAGCGCCGACAGGGUUGUCUUGCGCCGUCGUCUCUUUGCCAUGAAGCGACACGGCUUACCCCCAAUCGUCACGCAUAACAUGAUCAACGAUCACGACGACCCCAUCUUAAACCAGGUGCGGAGGGUGCACCUCUUUAAUCACCCGACAGAUCGAGUCAAGAUAAUCUUCCACCCCGAGUUCUUGAGUUCGGCGAAUCCCAUUCUGCCUUUGGAUUAUGACGAUUUCGUACGCGGCACGAACCUGGGCGUCUUCGCGUCCUACUACGAACCGUGGGGCUAUACCCCGGCGGAGUGCACUGUCAUGGGCGUCCCUAGCAUCACAACCAAUCUGUCCGGUUUCGGCUGUUACAUGGAGGAGCUCAUCGAGAACUCGAGCGACUACGGUAUCUACAUUGUAGACCGACGCUCAAAAGGUGUGGACGACUCGGUUAACCAACUGACUUCGCACAUGUUUGACUUCUGCCAAAAAAGUAGGCGGCAGAGAAUAAACCAGCGAAAUCGGACCGAGAGACUCAGCGAUCUAUUGGAUUGGAAGCGGAUGGGAAUGGAAUACGUCAAAGCCCGACAGCUGGCGCUGCGGCGAGCGUACCCGACUUCCUUCACCGGCGACGAAGAGGAUGAUUUCAUACCCGGAGUCGAACAGAAGAUCUCUCGGCCGUUCUCAGUCCCAGGUUCACCCCGUGAUCGAGCCGGUAUGAUGACCCCGGGGGACUUUGCCAGCCUGCAAGAAGGGAGAGAAGGUCUGAGCACGGAGGACUAUGUGGCAUGGAAACUACCUGAGGAGGAAGACCCUGACGAGUAUCCGUUUCCGUUAACGCUUCGGACAAAGAAGGCAGGCUUCUCUGGUCCGGCUUCCCCUCUUGAUCUUACUCAAGUAAAUGGACACUAA